AUGCAGCAAGAAGCACGAAACACGGAAGGUCGAAAUCUAUGGCGCUCGAAUGUCCAACUUCGCCAUCAAAUGGUUCAUUUUGUGAGCGCAGGUAGUCUUGAACCGGUCUCUGAACCCAGGCUUGACUCGUUAGUCGAAGCCAUUCCAGCGAAGGAAGAAUCGACGGAUGAGAUGGUGUCCGGGUCUGUCACAAGCAAAGUUUAUGAUGAUAGAUUGGACUCAAACCCAGCCAGUCAAACCAUUAAAACGACUAGUGCAAAUGCCCCUAUUUUGCUACGGCCCUGUACAACCGGAGAUUCAAGUGAAGACGAAAUCGUUUUUAAAGGCAGGAGGAGGAAGCCAGUUUUGGAUUCCUGUAACAACCCCCUCAACACACUUGACGAGAAAAUCCCUCUGGGGGAGCGGGAGGAGGCUUAUACGAUGCGUUGUAGCAGUGCGUCUACUAUCUACGAGGAACGGGAACUUACAAGUUGGAUACGGGUUGGUGGCACUGCUGCUAAAGCUCACCCUGAACCAUCUGAUGAGGAUGAGAUUCUGGCCGACUAUAUUGCUCACAUGGCUGACGACUCUGACGAUGAUGGCACUACGGAGGAGGAUGAGCCAACAGCAAAUCAUUCGCAGGGUUCAACGUGUGACUCAGAGGAGGUUGAUUCUAAUGAGUCGUCAUCAGAGGAGCUAGAGGAUGAUACGAUAUAUGUUCUCGCAAAUCCGUCGCAGUCUGCUCGCAGAAAACCAGAGAAGACGAUAUUCGCCUCGGCCACUGCUUUCGCGGAUGCGUUGGAACAGGAUCCAUAUUACGGGCUCGAUGUUAUGGAUUUCAGUCGAUCGAGUUUAAAAAGGAACAAGAACAAGAACAAGAACAAGAACUUUAUCGACCAUCCUGUUUUUGAUGGCCUGGACUCCGAGCUGGAAGAUGGGUUGAUAAAUACCUGGAACAAUGACCGGCUAAAGAAAAAAAUGAAGAAAAGAGAACGAGAAGAGCUUCGUGUCCAAGGACUACUGGGUCGCCGCAGGAAUGACCCGGAUCUGAAAAUCAAGUAUGCGGAUGGUAUAAAUAUUGAAGAGCUAAAAUCUGAGAUACGUUUGUUCCUGCUGUCCCCGAAGAAUAGCUUAUCACUUCCCCCGAUGACAAAGCACCGCAGAAUACUUGUCCACGACAUGGCACAUGCUUUGCAUCUGUCCUCCCAAUCGCGGGGAAAGGGCUCUUCUCGCUUCCCUGUCUUGUCAAAGACAUCACGGACACCAAAGUAUACUAACAAGACAAUCUCACAGUUAGACCGGGUAUUCUCAAAGGAGAGGUUCAGUUCUCGCGCAUUGAAGGCAUGGGACAAAGCAAGCGGUCGAUCAGGCAAAAAUAAGCGCGGCAAAGGCAAUGUUUCCUACAUGGACGGCGAUGUAGUUGGCGCUUCAGCACCGGAAAUAGGCGCUGAGAACAAAGGCAGGGCAAUGCUAGAGAAAAUGGGGUGGAGUACGGGCACGGCACUUGGCGCUGCCAACAACAAAGGCAUUCUUUUGCCGGUUGCACAUGUGGUGAAGAACUCAAAAGCUGGCCUGGGAGGCGAUCGCGUGUAG